AAGAGGAAAAUUCGUUGGGCUCCGGGAUGAUAUGCGCUGGGCGGAUUGAGCCCCACGUGAACCACUACGUUCAGGAGAAAUGCGCUGGGCGCAGGGCGCUAAGAGGAUUUGACAGUGCAUACACCCUUCCUAUUGCAAAAGAUCAGUUGGGCGCAGCUCGU